AAGGUGAUCAUCCACCCCAGAGGAACGUUAAAACCCAGAGAAAUUCUGAAAAUGUCAGAAUGACAGACCAUCUCCCCUCACUCUCCACUCAUCACUUUGCCACACAGAACAUUCUUUGUUCUCCCUGGGGGCAGCAGAAAUGCUGAGGGUUUCUGAUACCCAAGAACAACAGGACAGAUAAAGGGGAGAUUAUGAAGAAAACUCCAGAAGUCGUGAACACAAAUGUGUGUCUGUGUGUGUUCUGGGGGAGGGUGUAUGGGAAAUGGCUUUGAUAUUCGUUACAGGUAUCUCUUCUAACUCUUCUCUGUCCGUUUCUCCAUGAACAGGUCCCCAUGUGGAGCCUCAGCAAAUGUCCAACAGCAGCUCCAUCAGCCACUUCCUCCUGCUGGCACUGGCAGAGACGCGGCAGCUGCAGCUCCUGCACUUCUGCCUCUUGCUGGGCAUCUCCCUGGCUGCCCUCCUGGGCAACGGCCUCAUCAUCAGCGCCGUAGCCUGCGGCCACCACCUGCACACGCCCAUGUUCUUCUUCCUGCUCAACCUGGCCCUCAGCGACCUGGGCUCCAUCUGCACCACUGUCCCCAAAGCCAUGCACAAUUCCCUCUGGGACACCAGCACCAUCUCCUACACAGGAUGUGCUGCACAGCUCCUUUUCUUUCUGUUCUUCAUCUCAGCAGAGUUUUUCCUGCUGACCAUCAUGUGCUACGACCGCUACGUGUCCAUCUGCAAACCCCUGCACUACGGGACCCUCCUGGGCAGCAGAGCUUGUGCCCACAUGGCAGCAGCUGCCUGGGCCAGUGCCUUUCUCAAUGCUCUCAUGCACACAGCCAAUACAUUUUCCUUGCCCCUGUGCCAUGGCAAUGCCCUGGGCCAGUUCUUCUGUGAGCUGCCCCAGAUCCUCAAGCUCUCCUGUCCCAAAUCCUACCUCAUAGAACUUGGGCUCAUUGUGUUCUCCAUCUGUUUAGCACUUGGCUGUUUUGUGUUCAUGGUUUUCUCCUAUGUGCAGAUCUUCAGGGCUGUGCUGAGGAUCCCCUCUGAGCAGGGACGGCACAAAGCCUUUUCCACCUGCCUCCCUCACCUGGUCGUGGUCUCUCUGUUCUUAAGCACUGGUACGUUUGCUCACCUGAAGCCCCCCUCGUUGUCCUCCCCAUCCCUGGAUCUGUCAGUGUCAGUUCUGUACUCAGUGGUGUCUCCAGCCCUGAACCCCCUCAUCUACAGCCUGAGGAACCAGGAGCUCAAGGCUGCAGUGUGGAGACUGAUGACUGGAUGCCUUCAGGAACAUUAAACUGCUGCACAAUUUUGCAAAAUUACUUCUAAUAAAAGUCAUCUUUGAUACUU